AUGUCGGACCACGACUAUUCCGCAUACGAGGACUUCAUUCAGAUGAUAGAGGGCCUCAUCUCUUGCCUUCCGGACAUGCUCCAAAGCUGUUUCCAUAGGGUUCUAAUCAGCAAGACCUACCUCUCAUCUGCUUCCCAAGAUCAAAGCGGUCACAGAAUGGGCCCAGGUCAUGGGUUGCAAAAUAGAGGUGGCUGGCGCACUCUAUCAUGUGUUGAAACAAGAGUGACACUUGGCGACAGAGAUCGGGAAAUAUCAGUCUGA